GUUUUGAAGUUAAAAUUGUUAUUUUUCAGAUUUGGAGUGCGGCUGAAUACUUCCUCGUUGUAACUUACAUUUGUUGCUCCUGAAAUAUUGCUUUUUAUCGUAUGUUGGAACAUUUGUAUUUUUUGUGCGACAUGCCGCUGUACGUUUAAAUUUUUGUUGUGUAUCUUGUAGCUUAAACCAUAUUUUUGUCGGUACUACUCUAAACGCAAUUCAACUGUGCAUCGUAGUAUAAUAUUGAACGUGCUUUUAUGGUACAACAUAGAUUGUUUUUAAAGUACAUUUAAAACAUUACCAGUGUUGUUGUAAAGAUUCGUUUUUUUGGGUUCGUCUGCGCUGCAAUCAAUUUUCGAUUUGUCCGAGAGCUAACUGACAUUUGAGUGUUGCCGUGAAAUUCAGCUGGUGGAAUCUUCACUUCUUUGAUUUAUUUGGCACAAAAAACUUCAUCAUGAAUACAGGCGUGGAGGACUCUACCCGCUACUGCUUCAUUGCCGAAUGGUUCGAUCCCCAGGCUGCCCUUGUGAGACAGUACCAGCUGUUCUUCUACCCUCGCGAUUGUUCCAUCGAAAUAUUUGACCUGAAGACGCGUCGUUC